AUGGAGAGACGGGUCACAAACGCCUUCACUGGUCCACCACCACCAGCUCCCUACUAUCAUAGCAACAACUACAAUCCUCAUCACCAUCAUCAGCAGCAGCAGAUUCAUCAUCCACCGCCGCCGCCGCCGCCGCACCACCAUGUCGCCGCCGUUGGAUUUCCCCAAUACCCCCAAAACGACAACAGAGAUCAGCGAUUCAAUCAGCCGCAUUUUGAUAACCAUUACUCCGCCCAACAACAACAACAACACAAUAUGAUCGUUGACGCUCCGCCGUUUCCACCGAGUAGUGGAUUUAGUCCUUCCGGCGGCAGCACAAGGAAGCGACGGUCUCUAUCCGCUACUCCAGAUCCUACUGGUGAUGCUAGUAUUGCCAAGUUAUAUGUUGCGCCGAUCCCAAAGACAGCUACCGAAUACGAUGUCCGUCAGGUGUUUGAGAAAUAUGGUAAUGUCAUGGAGAUCAUUCUACCCAAAGAUAAGAUUACUGGUGAACGAGCAGCUUACUGUUUUGUUAAGUACAAAAAGGGAGAAGAGGGUAGUGCAGCUAUUGCAGCUUUGACGGAACAGUAUACAUUUCCAGGGGAAAUGGCUCCGGUCAGAGUCAGAUAUGCCGACGCAGAACGGGAACGGGAACGGAUCGGGCAACUUCCAGAAAAACUAUAUGUUAGAUGCCUCAACAAACAAACAACAAAAGCAGAUGUCACUGAGGUAUUUUCUAGGUACGGAGUCAUUGAAGACAUUUAUAUGGCAGUCGACGACAUGAAGCUUAGUCGUGGGUUUGCAUUUGUUCAGUUUUCUCGUAAGGAGAUGGCACUUGCGGCGAUCAAUGCUUUAAAUGGACUCUUUACCAUGCGGGGUUCUGAACAGCCUCUCACCGUUAGAUUUGCAGAUCCUAAAAAACCCCGUUUAGGAGAACCAAGGUCUACCUUUAACGCUUCACCUGCAAUGCAACAAUUCGACUCAAACUGGAACCCUCAACCAUAUCCCCAAUGGGGAAACAACGAAGCCGCAGCCCCUAGAGUCGUUCAGCAUCAUGAUUUUGCUUCGCAGCCAAAUCACUUCCAGCAGCAAAAUGGUCAUCAACCACUGCAUCAGGAUAUUCCACCUCAAAAUCAUCAGAACUCUGAGACUGCCAGCGUGGAGACUAGAGGCGAUGGUCAGAAGAUCUCCAGUAAUUCAAAUGCAUUCUCUGAGGACCAAAAUUCAGAGAGCUCCGAGUGUGACUGGAGUGAACACACGUGUCCUGAUGGGAACAAGUAUUACUUCCACUGUGUCACUUGUGAAAGCACGUGGGAGAAACCCGAGGAGUACUCCAUGUUUGAGAGAUGGUUCGAAGAACAAACAAGGCUACAAGAUCAAAAACUUGCAUCUCCCUCGUUAAACAAUCAGAGCCAAGAGGAGGCAAUCGAAAACAGCGAGCAAGUUGAACAGUCUCAUCCAAUGCAAGAGACUACUAUGCUCCAACAACCAUCCUUAUCCACAACGGAUCAGGAGAACAAUUUAGUAUAUCCGGUAACAAGACUAGCUGUUGAAACAAGCUGUUCAUAG